CUAUAAAUAGCGCCACUACAAGAAAGUUUACCGCAAGGCAGAACCAAAUACAUACACAGAUAGUUAUAAGAUGGCUCAAGCAGUGAAGAUUGAUGCGGCACAGGCUAUGAAAAUGGGAAAUAAACUCCCUCAUGUUGUUGGCUCAGAGGAGAAGACGAAAGUUGUGCCUGCUAACAAGCUCGAUUAUGCAGACCCUCAAGCAUGGAAAUUCUAUCGUGAUACUGCUGAAUUUGUGGGAGGAAGCGAUCCCACGGUCCAGGGAGUUUAUGGUGUGGAAGAACUAGACUCAGGAAAGACGUACGAGGUGUCGUUUUAUGUGUCUGUGAUGAACCUUCCGGUGUCAAAUCCUGUGACACUUACCUUGGAGCUUCCAAACCGGAAGAAACAAGAGAAUACAGUAGAUAUAACAGUGAAUCCACUUGUCUGGCAAGAAGUAUCAGUUGGGAAAUUCGAGAACAAAUUUCCAUAUGGAGACAUCAAAUUCAAAUUCUCUGGUGUUUCUGGUGAUACCUGGAGGGGUCUGCUCCUCAAGGGCGUCCACAUUACCUCGUCCUCCUAAUCGAACCACCAACAAAAUUAAUAAAUAGUCUACUUAGCAGCCGCGAAUCAAAUUCUAUGUUUAGAUGGUUGUUAGGUAGUUGAUUAUCAUAUGCAUGCAACUUAUGUAAUAAAAUGAUUACUGCUGGUUGUUAGCUGCCUUGGCAUACUACCAAGUUGAUUAAUGGGCAAAAUCUACCUACAUAUAUAUGUUUUAAAUUUUAA